AUGGCUUCUGGCAGAAAGCGUAAACGCUCGCAGGUGUUCGAGAACAACGCGAAUGCCGGUCCAAACAUAUCUCCAGAUUCCCAAAAUAGCAGUGAGUUUGGUUUAGCUGAAACUCUUUCGAUACUCCGGAGUGACAACAACCAAACAUCUCAGCAAUCUGAACCUGCACCAAUUAAAAAAAGAAAGAGAGUAGGAAAUGAAAAGGCCAAAUACCCAACUCUGACCUAUAUUGAAGGCCGAUUGCAGUCUUCUAUCAAAAUCGCCGAUCUGCAAAGUCUCCUCCUCUAUUGUAUUGGGGAUGGCAUUGCCCCGCAAUGGAUCUCAAUGAAGCAUUCUGGACAUGUCAGGAAAGUGGUCGUGUUAAUGGUUCCUGGCCUGGAAAUCGGCAUGUUUGAUGGUACUGUACCUCUAGUAUCUGACACCUGUUCUGGUCCAACAUUAGAUGUGAAUGAUGCCAGUAAUUCCACCAUAGACAAAACUGACGCGAACGGGACUGGAAAUGGCACCGGAGAGAAGAACUCGGGAGAAUUUGAGAGCUGGAAGAAAGGCCUACCUCUAGACAAAAACACAGCACAAUUCAAUCCAAGGCCCCUUUCCGCGGACCAAUUGCCUGAUCCGUUGAAACCACUAGCUGAUAUGUUUCCACAUGUUUGGCCUGUUAAAUCUCCAGGAGACUCAAAGUACAAUAAAGUGCAUUCCCCACUACAAGCCAUUUUAUUAUCUGCUCUGCCUAAAUCAAAAGACACAAAUGAGUCCAAGGGUCCGAAGCCUCCGCGCGGAGAAGGCAACUGGUUAUCAAAAAGAACGCCAAUUACUACAUUUCUGAGUUCUUUGGAGGAUUUAAGGGAUAACGAAUAUGUACUGCAUCCGGCAUUGUUUGAUGACCCCCAAGAUGCAUCUGCAAAUGCAGAUCUUCGUGCUUCUCUGGGCCAGUCUCCAGAGGACGGCUGGGUAGACUCUAAAGUUGAUCAAUAUUCCGAUGUCGAAAUACCAGAGAAGGACAUUCAGAAGGGCAGUAUUACGGCGGGACGCGAAAUUCUAUCUCUCGAUUGCGAAAUGUGCAUCACGGAAGGAGGAUCUUCAGAACUUACACGGGUGAGCCUCGUUUCCUGGGAUGGUGAAGUGGUUCUAGAUGAACUAGUUAAACCAGAGAAACCUAUCAUCGAUUACCUGACGCGAUUUUCUGGGAUCACACAAGAAAUGUUGGAUCCUGUAACAACUCGUUUGGCGAACGUCCAACAGAAGUUGCUUUUGCUAUUGACUCCCAAAACCAUUUUAAUCGGCCAUUCCCUCAACUCUGAUCUCUCCGCCCUAAAGUUAACGCACCCAUUUAUCAUCGACACCUCAAUUAUUUAUCCUCACCCUCGCGGAACUCCUUUGAAAUUAAGUUUGAAAUGGCUAUCCCAGAAGUAUCUUGGCAUGGAAAUCCAAAAAGGCCAAACAGGGCAUGAUUCCAUUGAAGAUGCGCGAGCUGUGCUCGAACUCGUAAAGCAGAAGUGCGAGAAGGGUGAAAGGUGGGGAACAAGUGAGGCCUCUAGUGAGAGUAUAUUCCGUCGCCUUUCCCGAGCUACAGUCCCAGGAAGAUCUGGUAGGAGUGCGGAGAACAGAGGCCGAACUGGGGCUGUUGUGGACUGGGGUAGUCCAGAGCGGGGAUUUGGGUCUCAAGCGACAGUAGCUUUGGGCUGCAAAAAUGAUGAUGAAGUUGUCGCUGGGGUGAGCCGUGCUGUUAAUGGUGACAAGGAUGGCCACUUGGUUCCUGGCGGUGGUGUAGACUUCACCUGGGCUCGUCUACGUGAACUAGAAGUAUUCCGAGGCUGGUGCAACCGGAUCCCCGACCCGACGAAGGUGAAUGAGUCCUCCGCAGUCCCAACGAAAGCAGUCGACCCCUUGAAUGGAGAACUUUUAGUCGAAGCCGACAAUUCCAACCCCGAACAUCUUGCAUGUGCUGUGGCUAAAACAGUUUCAUGUAUCCAGCGAAUUCUGGAUUCUUUACCACCGUGCACCCUUUUCAUGGUGUACUCAGGUACAGGUGACCCACGGGAAGUUUCCCGCCUCCAAGAGCUACACAAGAUAUACUUGCAAGAGUUUCGCUCCCAGAAACCAUGGGCUGAACUCAGCGUGAAAUGGACAGAUACUGAAGAGCAGGCGUUGAAGAGGGCAUGUCAAAUAGCAAGGGAGGGAUGUGGAUUCAUGACUGUAAAGUAG